UCCGGUUCUGUUGAAAAUCAGCAGCCCUCCCUUGAAGCCCAACCAUCUACUGAAGACAAGGCUGAGGCGGGUGCAAGGUCUCUUCCAAGAUCGAUCUCAAGUCUGGCUACCACCAGAUUGAAGUCGAUCCUGCGGACCAGCACAAGACUGCGUUCAAAACACGCGACAUGAGUUCACCGUAAUGCCCUUCGGUCUUACGAAUGCACCAGCCACUUUCCAAAGCCUCAUGGACAAGGUCCUCCGCGAACAGAUUGGUCGGUUUGUGGUAGUGUACCUGGAUGAUAUUCUGAUCUUCAGCAAGUCCAUGGAGGAACAUCUCAAGCAUCUUGAGGAGGUGCUCGCUAUCCUCAAGAAGACACAACUCCAUCUCAACUUGGAGAAAUCUGAGUUUGGGAAGGAUAGCGUCAUCUAUCUUGGGCAUUGGUUGUCUGCUGCAGGCCUAGAGCCUGAGGCAACCAAGAUUGAGGUCAUACGCGAUUGGCCUCAGCCUGCGAACAUUCGCGAAUUGCGUUCUUUCCUUGGUCUCGCGUCCUACUAUCGAAAGUUUGUGCCCCGCUUCUCUAUCAGUGCUCGUCCAUUGUCGCGACUAACCAGUAAAAAUGUGCCUUAUUCCUGGGAUGCCGCGUGUACGGAAGCUUUUCGAACUCUCAAGGAAGCCUUGGUAAGUUACCCAGUACUCCGCAUUGCAGAUCCCAAACUGACAUUCGUAGUUACUACGGAUGCAAGUCAGUAUGGAAUCGGUGCAGUGCUGCAAGAAGAUGACGGCGAUGGCCUGCGGUCACUUGAGUACUACAACAAACGAAUGCCCAGCGUAAAGGUAGCCACUUCCACCUACAUGCGCGAGCUCUAUGCUUUGCAUAUGGCGUUGGAUCACUGGAAACAUUAUCUUUUGGGAUGCCACUUCAAAGUCUUCUCAGAUCAUGAGACCUUGAAGUGGAUCAUACAGCAAACUACUCUGUCCCCUACCUUGCUUCGCUGGUUCCAUGAGAUUGACAUCUUCGAUUUCGAAUUAAGACACAAAAAGGGUUACAAUCGAGUCGCUGACGCAUUGUCUCGCCACCCUGAGUACAUGACUUGCCUCGUGAAAUCCUACGACCUCCGGAAGAAACUGAAAGAGGAGCUCGUAGAGCAGACAACCAAGGAUCAGGAACUUAGUUCCAUCCUUGAGCAGCUGCGGGCUAAUCCUAGUAGUCAGCCUGAUUUCCACAAGUAUGGAGGACUGAUUUCCCGUCGCUACGGGAACCAUGACCGUUUGUGUGUGCCCAACCAUGAGCCUCUCCGCGCACACUUUGUGGACUUGGCUCAUGGCCGGAGCGGGCACUUCGGCAUGGCUAAAACGUACGUUAAUUUGUUGAGACAGUUUGAUUGGCAUGGCAUGAAAGGGACUGUUGAGAAAUUUGUGGUUGAAUGUCAAGUCUGUCAACGGAUCAAACCAUGCACACAAAAACCCAUGGGGCUACUCACACCCCUACCCAUUCCUGAUGGUCCCGGGGAGUCUGUCUCCAUCUAUUUCACUGACAUGGGUAAGGUAAGCAAAAACGGGUAUUCACAAGUCAUGGUGAUUGUUGACCGAUUUUCAAAAUUUCUGAAUCUGAUCCCUUUGCCGCUCCACGCCCCAACAGAUCUAGUGAUUCGCGAAUUCCAACAGAAAUACCUGCUGCAAUUUGGAACCCCGAAGACUCUUGUGAGUGAUCGGGAUCUGCGUUUCAUUAGCACUGAAUGGAAGGAUUUCACGUCUCACCUAGGAAUCAAACUGUGCAUGACAUCUGGCCGACACCCCGAAGCCAACGGUUUGGCUGAGGAGAUCAACCAGACUGUAUUUCAACUUCUCUGCGCGUUGAUUAUUCUGGACCAAGAGACAUGGGAUGAGGAGUUGUAUUCUGUUAAGGGGUUGUACAACAACUCCGUCCAUUCUGCCACCGCCAUGACACCCAACAGGUUGCACUACGGUUGGCAAGUCCGUAAUUCGCUCUCCUACUUAUUCGCUGAGCAACCAGCUGGCUUAACAUCCGACAGGCCCGGCUUCAGGGCUAAGUAUGAUCACUUGCUCAAAGUUGUUGUUGCAGCUAUGACCAAGCGACAACAUGCCAUGAUCCACCAUGCCAACAAAAAGCGACGACCAUCGGAGAUUCAUGUAGGAAGCUAUGUCUGGGUGAAGAUGUCUGAAUUCUUAGAGGAGGAGGGAGUCUCACGCAAACCCUUCCCACUCUACUACGGGCCUUUGGAAGUUCAAAAUGUAAUUGGGGAAGAUCACUUUGGCCCUUCGUACGUUGUAGACGUGCCAGCUCACCUGCGCACAUAUCCUGUGUUCCAUGCAUCUAAACUGUACCUCCACCGUGAUGCCGAGACAUUCGAUUACCGCGAAGAUAUGAUCCCUCGCGCAAUCAAGGGCGGGCAUGAGAUAGAUAGAAUUAAACAGCAUCACUCCCUUUCCUUUUCUGUCUCCAUCGCCUCCAUCUCCGUCUCCAUCACCACCUCCUCCUCCGCCGCUGCCUCAGACUAUCUUUUCAAUCACGGCAGGGGUAAAGCGUUCUCCUUCAGAUCACAAGCGUGGCGCCAACAGGUUUUCAGCAAGAUCGAUCUCAAGUAUGGCUACCUCCAGAUUGAAGUUGACCCUGCAGACCAGCACAAAACUGCAUUCAAAACUUGCGAUGGGCUGUACGAGUUUACCGUCAUGUCCUUCGGCCUCACGAAUGCACCGGCCACCUUUGAAAGUCUUAUGGACAAGGUGUUCUGCAAUCAGAUCAAUCGAUUUGUUGUUGUGUAUUUGGAUGACAUAUUAAUCUUCAGCAAGUCGAUGGAGGAACACGCGAGACACCUUGAGGAAGUGUUACAGAUCCUCAAGGAUGCGCAACUCCAUCUCAACUUGGAGAAAUCUGAGUUUGGGAGGGACAGCGUCAUCUACCUUGGACAUCGGUUGUCUGCUGCAGGCCUAGAGCCCGAGGCAACCAAAGUUGAGGUCAUCCGCAAUUGGCCUCAACCGGCCAAUGUCCGCGAGUUGCGUUCUUUUUUUGGCCUUGCGUCGUACUACCGUAAGUUUGUACCCAAAUUCCCUAUCAUCGCCCGUCUGCUGUCCAAGUUGAUAAGUAAGAAUGUGUCUUACACACGGGAUGGAGAAUGCACAACAGCCUUCCAAGCGUUGAAAGAGGCUUUGGUGAGCCAUCCGGUGCUCCACAUUGCAGUUCCCAAACUUAAGUUUGUAGUAACUACGGAUGCAAGCUUGUAUGGGAUUGGUGCAGUGCUGCAGCAAGAUGACGGCGAUGGCUUACGUCCACUUGAAUAUUACAGCAAACGCAUGCUCAGUCACAAGGUAUCUGCCUCCACUUACAUGCGAGAACUCUACGCCUUGAGAGAGGCACUAGAUCAUUGGAAACACUACCUCUUGGGUCGUCAUUUCAAAGUGUUCUCAGAUCACGAGACUUUGAAAUGGAUUCAGACACAGAUUAAUUCAUCAACCACAUUGACCCGCUGGCUGCAUGAGAUUGAUGUGUAUGAUUUUGAACUUGAGCACAAGAAAGGCUGUUACAAUCGCGUUGCAGAUGCUUUGUCUCGCCAUCCUGAGUACAUGACUUGCCUUGUGGGUUCCUAUGAUCCCCGUAAGAAUUUGAAGGAGGAACUCAUUGAGCACACUGCCAAGGACCUGGAACUCAGUCCCAUCCUUGAGCAGAUUCGGGCUGACCCUAGCAGUCAACCUGAUCUCCAUGAAUGAAUGGCACAAAAGUUUGUGGUCGAGUGUGAAGUCUGUCAAUGCAUCAAACCAUCUCGACAGAAGCCCUACGGGUUGCUACACCCUCUUCCUAUUCCUGAUGGCCCGGGUGAGUCUUUUUCCAUCGACUUCACGGACAUGGGAAAGAAGAGUAAGAAUGCCUAUUCGCAAGUAAUGGUGAUCGUUGACCGCUUCUCGAAGUUUCUGAAUCUGAUCCCAUUACCACCUCAUGCCCUAACUGAUCUUGUGAUCAAAGAGUUUUAUAAAAAAUACAUUCUGCAGUAUGGGCCCCCGAAAACUCUUGUGAGUGACCGGGACACUCAGUUCAUAAGUGCAGAUUGGAAGGACUUCACCUCCCUGACCUAUGACAUGAAACUCGAGAUGACGUCUGGCCGACAUCCCGAAGCCAAUGGACUGGCCGAGGAGAUCAACCAGACUGUGAUCCAACUUCUCCGAGCUCUAACUGUGUCUGAUCAGAACUCUUGGGAUGAGGAACUGCCAAUUGUGCAAGGAGGUUUCUUAGUCGUGGGUGCUGCGUUUAUGCUACGUACGCGCGGGAGAAGAGGUGGACAGGGCAUGGUGUUCUGUGUAAGCUGGCGCGAGUGCCGACUCAUUAGUAACGCGGAAGUGAACUGGGCUAUUGGCGUUAGUCUUGGGUGUGGAGUUGCGCUUGGAGUAGCCUUGUAUCGUAUGUCAGGGCGCGGGAGAGGUAAAGUCGGCGGGCGACGGGGUCGCUGGUCUAACUGUGGGAGAUACUGGAUGGAGAGCAAUGGUGCGAAUCGCGGAGGAGAGCAACCAGGUGUGAAUCCAGCCCAAUACAGUGGCAGCAAUCUCGCGACAAAUGUAUAUCCCCCGGGAGUGAACCCCGCACAAUUCGCCACGACGUUCCAAGCACCUGCAGGAAUGCCUGUUAUGGGGCCGCCCACAGUUCCGAACAUGGUACCUCCAGCUCCGGUGCAGUACCAAGCAGUCGCUACGUCUGCGAGUCCAUGGGGAAUCCCACCAUGGCAGAAUGCUGGCCAGUGGCCAGUGAAUGGGCAGUGGGCAGGCCAGGCGACCAAUCUGCAGCCAGUUAGUAAUCAGCAGUCGAUCAAUCAGUCACACCAACAACUCUCGAAUCACCAGGCAUCAGCUUCGCACAAUACGGGGAAUGGAAGUCACACCGGGAAGGGGCCGGCUGCGAAUGCCUUCCCUGGUCCUGGGAAUCGGGCGUACUUUACCAAGGAGUACAUGGAUAUUCUGGAGGAUAUCAAAAUGAACAAAGCGGUUGAAGAUGCUCGGAAAAAGAUCGUGAGCGGCAAGCGAGGUGGCGGUCCGUGCAUAGAACUGCCCGACGAAGGGAGUAGAUCCGAAGUGCGAUCUGCGGACAAGGCGCGAUCUACUGACAAGAGUGAAGAAAUGAAAGCUUGGGUGACAUCGACGCUUGGGGAUUCUCUCAAAUUGAUUACCGAGAAGCUCCAGGAAGUCGAUCAGAAGGCGAAGCUCGCUGUAGCGGAGAAGGAAGAACUCAACAAGCUGCGCGAAGAGAAGGCCCUGUUGGAGAAAGGGAGCAAGGAUCCGACUAGUAACGAGAAGAGGAAGAGAGGAGGGGAAUGCACCCCAGUCGCCAACUCACCUCCUAGCAGCCCUCCUGCAAGGCAUCAGUGAUGCCAAAGGAAAAGCGCCGGUCGUAAUGCCGAUGUUGGUAAGAG